GCAUUACAAUGGCUUCCGGAGUUACUGUAUCGGAUGUGUGCAAGACCACUUAUGAAGAAAUAAAGAAAGAUAAGAAGCAUCGCUACGUGAUUUUCUACAUUCGCGACGAGAAACAGAUCGAUGUCGAGGUGAUCGGUGACCGUAAUGCGGAAUAUGACAGCUUCCUGGAGGACAUACAGAAAGGUGGUCCGGGUGAAUGCCGAUAUGGACUGUUUGAUUUCGAGUAUAUGCACCAGUGUCAGGGAACGUCAGAGAGUUCGAAGAAGCAGAAGCUUUUCCUGAUGUCCUGGUGCCCAGACACUGCCAAGGUUAAGAAGAAGAUGUUGUACUCGAGCUCGUUCGAUGCGCUGAAGAAGUCGCUUGUCGGCGUCCAGAAAUACAUUCAGGCCACUGACCUUUCCGAGGCAUCUCGAGAAGCGGUCGAGGAGAAGCUGCGCGCCACUGAUCGUCAGUAAGGAACAAA